CGAAAACGUUGUUAAGUAAGUGUUGUUAGCAAUUUGUGGGUAUUGUUUUCAGUCUUUCAUGAGUUAGUUGAAAUGAUUUAAUUAUAUUAGGAAAGUUUCUUAAGUAAUUGAGAGAUGAAGAUGAAACUCUACGAAGGUAAAUUUUAUUUUUUCUUCAUCGUCACUUACUGCGUAAACGUAAAAAUAUCGUUGGAGGAAAUAAUGUUUGACAAUUCAGAACAAAUUAGAAUAAAUGAUAUCAAAGUAUUAAAUAAUUCAGAAAUUAAUUUUUGGGCAUUCGGCAAACAUUUUCGAAUAAAGGAGAGAAAAAUAGACAACAAUCGGAAUGAUUUUAUAAUCCAGGUUCACGAUCAAAAUACGACUGUAACGAAGAUGCUAUCUGAAACUGAAUUGCUUCCAUACAGUGGACACCUAAUUGGAGUUCCAAAUUCAAAAGUAUUUGGCAAGUUAAUGGGAAACAAGUUCAAAGGAACCAUCGUCGCUUCUGAUACAGUAUAUAAAAUAAAGCCGGAUUCGGAUGAUGUUCAUACCAUCGUUUCCAAAUAUCAGAAUAGCAUCAAAAAUAAUAGAUUUUCGCGAUCGAACAAAGAUCGAAGACAAGUAAAUUUGCCAAAAAAAUCUUUCACCAAAGUAUGUUCCUUGGAAUUGGUGUCCACUGUGUCCUUUUAUCAAGAAUUUCAUCAGAGUAUGGCGGAUAUUGGAGAACUAUUUGAGUGGUUGGUUAUAGAAUUAGAACAAAGAUUUAAAGAUUCAAAAAUUAUUAAAUUAUCAACGAAUUUUGAUUUGAUAUUCGACUUAAGAAAAGUCACUAUUUUUAAAGAUAAAAAUUCGAAAUUUUAUCCCUUUAAAGAAGAAGUGGAAAUUACUCCACAAAUGGCAUUGAAAGAAGCAUCAAAAUACAAAAAUAAUUACUGUUGGGUGCAUUUUAUAUUCGGUGCUCCUUUCAAAGGAAAGCGUACGGGAAGUUCAUAUUUCGGAAUUCAUCCGGAUCAAGGAAUAUGUGUGAAUUCUGAAAGGCAAAAAUUAUCGAAGAAUGUCGGUGUAACGUCAACAUGGCUCGGGACUUAUAGAUUGGUACAUAAUGAUCUCAUAUUUCAUUUUGCGCGCGAAUUAUUACGAGGAUUUGGGGUUCCUUAUACUUAUGAUCACGAUGAUGAAUGCAGUUAUAAACCUGCCAAGAAAAUACACCCAGUAUUAACCCCUUUCAAAUAUAAAAAUAUAAAGGAAAUGAAUUCCAUAUGUUUCCUGAAUUCCAUACAAGGAGUUUUACAUAGAAGAGGUAAUUGGUGUCUUUAUAACAAGGUGAUGGAACCCGUAUGUGGAAAUGGUAUACGAGAAGAUGAAGAAGAUUGCGAUUGUGGAAGUGACGAGGAAUGCGAUAGUAUUGAUCCUAAUUGCGCUCCUCCAGGUUCUUUACUCGAUAAACCUUGCACAGUUCGAAAAAGCGAGGGUAAAAACUGUAGUGCUAGAGACAAUUAUUGUUGUACCGAAGAUGGACAAAUUGUUCCAGCAUCCGAGAAAAGUAUUUGCGGAUUUACAAAUAACGAAUGCCAAAAAGCGAGACUUUGUAGUGGUGAAUCUGCAGAUUGUGGUCCGUUAAUACCCGAACCUCAAGGUUUUCCUUGCGCUUAUAACACACGUGCGUGUAGGUAUGGCUUUUGUCUCAAUACGCCCUGUAUUGAAAAUCAAUUACAGGAUUGCUAUUGUGAGAAAAAAGAAUACGCUUGCAAUUUAUGCUGCAUGAACGAAAGCAGUCCAACUGCUUCUUGUAAACCCAUUCAUCUCUUCCCUGGUGUUUCCGUAAAACCAAGUGAAGAAAUUAAAAGACGUUGGUACGAACCGUGCCUUUCCUAUAAAGGAGUAUGCAAUAAUUUUGCGGAAUGCGAGAUGAUUUCAUGGUCAAGAUAUUUUUAUUCAAAAUCAGACUUUCAGUUUAUUUUAGUUCUGGUUUUCCUGAUUUUAACGACGUGUAGCAUAAUUUUGGCUAUUUUAUAUAUAAAAAUUUAUAGAAAAUAUUUAAUUAGUCAAUUUCGCAAAGAAUGUAAGAACAGCGAAAUUGUUUUUAACGAAAGAUUAUAUGUAAAUGAGAAAUUCAAAGACAUUUUCUUCCGUUUGAUAACAUUGUUUCCUAUGAUUUCUCCUCAGAUAAUACUACAACUGAUAAGAGAAUUAGAGAUGGAAUAUUAUGUAGCAAUUGCAUUGAUUUCUAAUUCUGUGCCUAUCAGAAGUGAAUUUAUACAUAAAAUUGAUAUUCCCGAGAUAAUUAAUUACUCGAUGGUCUUCGAUUAUACUCAAUAUCAGUCGGGAAAGAAAUCUCUCUAUCUUCUUAAUAAAGCGUUUAGUGUCAAGCUGAUUGGAGGACACAAACAUAAAGUUCCUCAACGUCAUCAAAAGAAAAAGAUCCUCAACAAAAAGACUAACGAACAUAAGUCCUUUGUUGAUAUUCUUCCAUUUAAAUUCAAAGGAAAGAAAAGAAUUGCAGAUAAUGAAAAUAUCCCCGAAACAACGAAUGAAACAAUGAAAUAAAAUUGAAGAUAAUUUCAAAAAUUUUAUUUAUAAAAAUUUUCAUAUUUGGAAUAUAUUAUUCAUAA